AUGAAGGAAGAACCGAUGCGUGGAGAAAAAAGAAAUGUACCUCAUCGCCAUUCCCUUCUUUUCCGAGUGCAAAUUAGAAAAAGAUUGAUAAGAAAUAUGAAUCACAACCAGCAAUCAAAUGAAGCUAAACACGAUGACGAAACUGCCCUCACAGAUUUUCUUGCCUCUUUAACAGACUACACCCCAACUAUUCCUGAUGAACUGGUGGAACAUUACUUAGCCAAAAGUGGGUUUCAUGUCCAGAUGUUCGAUUGUAGAAUAAGGCUAGUUGCAGUUGCCACUCAGAAGUUUGUAUCAGAGAUUGCUACUGAAGCUCUUCAGCAAUGCAAGGCAAGACCAGCACCCGUUGUGAGGGACAAAAAAGACAAGCAGCAAAAGGAUAAGCGUCUGAUUAUGAACAUGGAUGACCUGUCAAAGGCUCUUCAAGAGUAUGGAAUAAAUGCUAAGCAUCAAGAGUAUUUUGCGGAUAGCUCUUCAGCUGGAAUGGAAUCAGCUCAAAGAGAUGAAUGAUUUUGUUGAAAAAAAAAAAAUCAUUUCGUAGGGUUGUUUUAGCAUGAGUUUGUGUUUUCUAUCAAGUUUUAAAACAUAUGAUCCUAAAUUCCUAAUUGUUUAUGUUCUACAACAUGCUUUUACAUAUUUACAUUAUUCAUCAUUAAAACUCAAACAAAA